AUGGUAGAAACUAGGUCUUUCAUCAGAAAUUUGGAGAUACAGGUAGGUCAGGUGAGCAAGAAGAUUCCAGAGAUCCCAUCCAACACUUUUCCAAGCAACACUGAGGUGAAUCCAAAGGAAGAGUGCAAGGCCCUCACUAUGGGAGCUGAGGCCGAACUAAAAGAGGAGUCUGCUACUGAGGAACUGAAGGAGAUCAAGGCUCAGGAGGAGACUGGGAGUGUCACCAUGCACAUCCCCAUGAAGAUGGAGGAGCUUGAAGACCAACCAUCUCCAAACGUGCAAAAGGAACCUAAGGAGGAGCAACUUGCUCGGUUCUUGGCAAUUCUCUGGAAGCUGCAAGUCAAUAUCUCUUUUACAGAGGCAUUGAAGAAGAAACCCUCCUAUAUGGCCUGUCUGAACAAUACUAUCUCUGAAAAGACGGCCCUGAAGGAAGAUGAGAUGGUGAUACUGGUCAAAGAAUGCAGCGCCCUGAUCCAGAAGAAGAUGCCUCUGAAGAUGCCAGAUCCCGGAAGCUUCCUUAUUCCCUGCACUAUAGGGACUAUGACUUUUGAGAAGGCACUGUGCAACCUUGGCUCAAGCAUCAACCUCAUGCCUCUCUCUAUGAUGAAGAAACUAGGGAUCCAGGAGGUGCUGCCCACUAGAAUCUCAUUAGAGAUGGCAGAUAUGUCCCUGAAACGGGCUGAUGGCAUGGUGGAAAACGUCCUUGUAAAGGUUGAAAACCUUUACCUCCCGGCGAACUUCGUGAUAUUUGACACUGGGGAGGACAGAGACGACUCCAUCAUCCUUGGAAGGCCUUUCUUAGCUACUGCGAAGGCCUUAAUAGAUGUGGAAAAAGGUGAGCUAGUCCUAAAGUUGCAGGAGGAUCAUAUUCUGUUAAACAUCCCAAACCCUCACUCUCCCUCAGAUAAAGGAGGUACUACUGUACAACACUUAGUGUUCCAACCUUGUCUCUCAGUAGAGAGCAUUACAGAGCCCCCUGACAUCAAACCUAAGUUUGGUGUUGGGCAAUCACCAUUAAUCACUGAGGAAGAAGGUACCAAGAAGAAAGUACCCAAAUGGGGAUUAAUAAUGAGCAACUAA